AUGACUAAGCUUUUCACUCCUUUGCGCGUUGGACGCAUGGAGCUUUCCAACCGCAUCGCCAUGGCCCCCAUGACCCGCUUCCGCAUCGACGAUAACCAUGUCCCUCUUCCCCUCGUCAAGGAGCAUUACGCUCAGCGCGCUUCCAUGCCAGGCACCCUCCUGGUUACCGAAGCAACCCUCAUCAGCCCUCAAGCAGGAGGGUAUCCCAAUGUUCCCGGCAUCUGGAACGACGCCCAGAUCGCCGCCUGGAAGGAUGUCACGAACGCCGUGCACGAUAAAGGCUCCUACAUCUACAUGCAGCUGUGGGCACUGGGCCGCGUAGCAAGUGCAGACAUGCUCAAGGCCUCUGGAUUUGAUCUCGUCUCUGCUAGUGACAUUCCAGCCUCGGCAAAUGCACCAGUCCCGCGGCCGCUAACCGACGAGGAGAUCAAGUCAUACAUCCAGCACUACGUGCAGGCCGCGCGUAAUGCCAUCGCCGCGGGCUUCGACGGCGUUGAGAUCCACGGAGCCAAUGGCUACCUCAUUGAUCAGUUCAUCCAGGACGUCACCAAUAAGCGAGAUGAUCAAUGGGGCGGUAGCAUCGAGAAUCGUGCCCGGUUCGCGCUUGAAGUAGCCCGUGCUGUGGUGGAUGCCAUAGGCGCCGACCGUACGGCUAUCCGCUUUAGUCCUUAUAAUACCUUCCAGGGCAUGAGGACGGAUGAUCCCAAGCCGCAAUUUGCCUAUCUAGCGCGCGAAUUGGCUCCUUUGAAGCUGGCCUUUGUGCACUUGGUUGAGGGCCGCAUCUCUGGUAGUGACGUUGUCGAGACCACAGAUGAGUUGCACUUUUUCCUGGAUGCGUAUAGGGGCGCUGGGCCGGUCGUGGUAGCUGGUGGGUAUAAGCCUGAGCUGGCGCGGGAGGCGGUUGAUCACAAGUAUAAGGAUCACGAUGUUAUUGUUGCGUUUGGUCGGCCGUUUACUUCGAACCCUGAUUUACCGUUUCGUAUUAAGGAGAAUGUGGCUCUUGUUCCGCACGACAGGGAUGUGCUGUAUCUUCCUAAAGACCCGAAAGGCUAUAAUGAUUGGGAGUUCAGCGAUGAGUUUAAAAGGGCGGUUGAGGCUACAGCCUGA